UAAUAUAAUAUAACAUACACUAUUCUGCAUGUUCUAUUCGUGACUUGCUCGACAAUGCAACGAAAUAUCCUCCGGAUUUACGCAUUUUUAGCGUAAUGUCAAUGUUGACGACAUUUGAUGGUAAUGACGAAGCUUUAGGCUUAGGUUUCCGACCACAUUCAUAUAAAAAGCUGAUUCGGUCAACAAGUAGACUCGUACAGUGAUACAGCGGACUACAGAGCCACUGGAGGGAACUCAGGGAAGAUUCAAACCAUAUACUGAGGAACUAUAAAGAUUUGAAGAAAGUGUCAUAACAUACAAGAUGAGCUUGAUUCCAGGGCUAUUCAUAGUCUCGCUUGCCUUCUCCACAAUACUGGCUCAGAAUUACAUCCUUAAGGUAGUUGAAGAUGUUACACUGGAACGCGGUUCGACCAAUUUCAACUAUCUUCCGUACUUAAUCGUUGGCACGCACCCUGGGUAUCCGUUGAAAAGGAGUUUGAUGAGGUUCCAGAAUAUUCCUGCAGAGUGCAUUUUACCUUUAGAAGCAACUCUUCAUAUAUAUUUCGUGUAUGCACAUAAGGCAAGCAGCGUACCAUCUCUCCCUGAUGUAACCCGACAUAUUGUAGCCCACACGGUACUGAAGUCCUGGUCCGAGUCCAAAGCAACAAGUACAGAGAGGGGCGUCGGCAGUGGGCUAAAAUGGGAACGGCAGUGGUUGGAUCUGGGAAAGGAUGCAGCUAAUGAUGCAAUUUAUUCCACUACGGUGACAGCGACGCCAGGUGGGAAAUGGUAUACUCUUGACGUCACACCGCAAGCCCAAAAAUGGAAAUCAGGUGGUUCAAAUUAUGGGCUUUUGUUACGAGAUACACAUGAAGUGAUCGAAGGUCGUGAUUUCCGAUUUGCAAGCAAUGCCUACUCAGAUCAAAGCAAACACGCUUAUAUCACCUUGAAGUGCCAGAUUCAGCAACAAAGUAUUGGAGGAGGCCCGAAAAUUUCACCAAUUGGAGGAGGGGAAAACCCCGUUUAAACCCAAGAUGAAAUUGAAUUUUUUUUCUAUUUUUUAAAAGCCGUACCGGGUGUGUAUUCAGAUUUGAGGGAACGUUUUAAUAAUUUCCCGACGAAGUCCGAUCAUGACCGAUUUUAGACUAUAAUUCCUAAAUUUACCUAAUUUUAUUAUAGGCAGCCCAAUACCGAGUGGUUUAUUAAUUUAGUUAAAGUAAAAAUGCACUGAAACAUUUAUGUAGGCGUUUGAAUAAAGCUAUCAUACAUACAUA